CCCUCGGGGUGGUUCUUCCCCAUAGGGGGGCUGAGGGAGCCGGGGCUGGAGGAGAAAACCUUCGGCACCGAGGGGAAAUGGGACGAUUUCCCCAUCCGGGAAUUGUUGCGCGGGGAAAGGCAAGGUGGGAGAGCCGGGAGAGGAGAGGGAGGGGGGUUUUUUGGCUGGUUCCUCUCCAGGAAAAACAGGCGGCGGGGAGCAGGGAGCUCUCUCCACCCCUGAGGUCUUUGUCUUUGGGGAAAACGGCCCUGCAGAGCCCCCCGAGAGCAGGGGACGGUGGCGAUGGAGCCACCAAGGCGCCGUCGUCCCCAGGCUGGAGCCCGCAGGUGCAGGGGGCUGGGGGCUUGCCCCAAGGAGCUGGGGGGGCACUGGGUCUGCCGGCACCAAACCCGUUGAGGGUCCCCAGGGGGGGUUUUGAUGUCCUCUGCUCUGGCUUGGAGGGAACGGGGUUUUUUGGGGCUGGCCGUGGAGCUUUCUGCUGGUGGAUGAAACCCACCUGGGGCAGGGAGCGCGGUGCCGGGCUCGGUUCGUCCCCGCGGACACAGGAGCGAGAGCAUUGCAGCGGGUUAAUGGGUUACUCACUGCUCCCUGCCGAGCUGGGACGGGGAAAAAAAAUCCCUAAAACCCCCCCUGCAGCAGCAGCACUUCCUCCUGCGAGCAAACAAGCCACACACCGGGGGUCCCCUGCGGUCACUUGGAUGGCACCGUGCCGCGUGGCGGGGCAGGAGAGGUCCCUGGGAGCUGUGCCACAGCACCUGGGCUGUGCGCUGUCCCUGUCCCUCCUCGCUGCCAACCCCGGGGACGGCUGUGCCAGGCACCCAGGCACCGAUCCUGCUCCUGAGGGAUUUGGGGACCAGGCUGGGGCAGGCUGGCUUUGGUUGCUCUGCAGGACGAGCUGCUCCAGCUCGCCUGGCCAGAGCUCAGCUUAUCUCAGCCCGAGCGCAUCUCUGCAGCUCCAUCGCCACGCACCUCCGCUGCAGCUGUGUUGACGGGAGCAGAAGCACAAACAGCUCAUGUCCCUGCCGAGCCCCGCAUGGCCCCAGCCGGACGAGCCCCCCCCCUGCGUCACCGCCACCGGCCUCCCCCCAGCCUCAUCCGACAGCGACUCCGGCUGUGCCCUGGAAGAGUACCUGGAGCCCCCUGCAGACCCCGCGCCCCCCAAGGUCCCCGCGUGCUUCGAGAGCCGCUCGCUGGAUCCUGCCUCUCCCGCUGACCGGAGCCGGCUCCGCGUCAAAGCCCUCCUGCAGCAGCUGCCUCCUCAGGACUGCGAUGAGCGGUACUGCCCCGGCCUCGCCGAGGAGGAGAGGAAGCAGCUCCGAGCCUUCAGCGCCCGCCGCAGACGGGAGGCGCUGGGGCAGGGGCAGGAAUGUCCCGUGCCAGGGUCCCUGCCACGGCUGUCCCUGCAAGGAGUGCGGCCGGAGGCUGAACAAAGGCGACCCCGGGAUUUCGGCGUCCCGCCUGGGAGACCACUUCUGGCACCCGUCCUGCUUCUCCUGCCACUUCUGCCGCCAGCCCCUGGUGGAUCUCAUCUACUUCCAGCAGGACGGGAGGAUUCUACUGCGGCCGGCACCACGCCGAGCUCUUCCGACCCCGCUGCGCCUCCUGCGACCAGCUGAUUUUCAUGGAGGAGUGCAUCGAGGCGGAGGGUCGGCGCUGGCACCCGGAGCAUUUCUGCUGCCUGGAGUGCGAGGCGCCGCUGUGCGGGCAGCGCUACGUGAUGAGGAGCGGGCGGCCCUGCUGCCGCGGCUGCUUCGACAGCCUCUUCGCCGAGCCCUGCCAGGCCUGCGGGGACCCCAUCGGUGUCGACAGCGAGGAGGCCACUGCACCAGGGGCUCCACUGGCACGCCCGAGCCCCCUGCUUCUGCUGCAGCCUGUGCCGAAAACCGCUGCGGGGGCAGCCCCUCACCGCUCGCCACGGGCGCCUCUUCUGCUCCGAGAGCUGCAGCCUGGGGCUGGACGCAGCCUCCAGCGCCUCCGACUCCUCCGACUUCAGCCUUCGUCUCGGCCCCGUCCCCCGACUCGACGCCCCUCUCCCGAGCCGGCCACGCAGCCAGGCCCGCGCCAGGGAGCGCCUCGAGUGGAAGCGAGUGGAAACGGGUGGAAGGCGGCGAGAUGUCUCCGGAUCAGGCCUCCCUGCAUCCUGCCUUCAGGAGCCUCCAGGACCACGAAGCAGCCACAGAGAGGAGCCGGGACGCAGCGCACGCAGGGAUGCAGGGGUCAGGGGGCAGCCCCCAGCCCGGCACAGAGGGGCCCAAGGGGCUCGGAGCCCCAAGCCCCCCAAUUUUGGGGGAUCCUCGUGCCCGAACACCAGCAGGUGACGGAAACCCAGCCCUCCCAGUGGGGCUGUCCCCUGCCCUACACAGCCCACGGCCGGAGGACACCGACCUGCAGGACAUCACGGAAGAGGAUGACUCCUGGUGCCCAACCUGCUCCUCAUCUUCGGACUCGGACUCGGAAGAGGAAGGCUUCUUCUUCGGGAAGCCCAUUCCCAAGCCCGGGAUGAGCUCCCUGGGCAGGGAACCCCCAGAGAGGGCCGGGGGCAGGACGGCGAAGCCGCGGGGCAGCAGCAAGCACUGCAGCGUGUCCUAGGGCCCCCGCGCCUCGCCGGGGGAAGCACUUUGCACGGUAUUUAAGCAGGAGGACAGCAGCUGGAGGAAGGGGAGGGGGGGUCCUCAUCCCCCUGCCGUGGUCUCCGUGCAUUCCAAGCGCAUUUUGGACACAGCCCAAAGCCGGUGGGGAGAAGCCGCCGGGAUCCUUUCACCGGUAGCCGCAGGCGAAGCACAGCCUGCCCUUCCUGCCGGCCUCUCCCGCAAUUAGGAACAGGUAAAGCGAGUAGGGAGCAGGGAGGCAGCAGCCCGCACCGGGGCGCGCUCGCCAGCUCCCGUCCCAGCCAAGCUGGCAGCCUCGGAGAGCAGCAACGCAGCAGGGAGGGCAGCCGGGGGCUUAGGACGAGGGCAGGGGCUUCUGCCUGACUCGGACAGGAGGGAUUUAUUUGGCCCCCGGGGUCAGAUCCAGAUGCCGGGUGGGGGUCUCUCACCUGCAGGGACUCUUUGGAGGGGUGCUGAUGCUGUCCCGUAGGGUGCUGCCACCACGGGGAGGGGACGGUGCUCCAAUAAAGCUCAGCUGAGACCUGAACGCAGGAGAGC